ACCCAGUGCCCGCCCUCUCGCGCUCUCGGCCGUAGAGACACAAACAGAAGCUGCAGGUCGCAGGGAACAGUGUUGUGUACAGGAUAAUUACAGUUUUGGCAUGAUUAGUGCUGCUGGUGUAGAGUAUAACUAAUGUAAAAGGGACUCGGAGGGCGCGAUUAAAGGAGGAAUUUAUCCGUCAUUAAUAUGUGGAUCAGUCCGGAGGAGGUGCUGCUCGCUAACGCGCUGUGGGUGAGUGAGAGGGCCAAUCCCUUCUUCAUCCUGCAGCGGAGGAAGGGACAUGGCAAAGGAGGAGGCAUCACCGGUCUUCUGGUUGGGACUCUGGAUGUUGUGUUAGACUCCAGUGCUCGUGUGGCUCCGUACCGAAUCCUUCAUCAGACAGGAGACUCGCAGCUCUUCUGGAGCAUUGCCUGUGGCUCAUCUCGCAAGGAGAUAACAGAACACUGGGAAUGGCUGGAGGCUAAUUUACUGCAGACUCUCUCCAUUUUUGACAGUGACGAAGACAUCACUACUUUUGUCAAGGGCAAGAUACAGGGCAUCAUUGCCGAGGAGAACAAGAGCCAUCAAGCGCAAGAAGAUGAGGAUUGUGGGAAGUUUCGGGAGGCGGCGCUGAAGAUGCGGAAGCUGUUUGGGAUGCCGGAGGAAGAGAAACUGGUGAACUAUUACUCGUGCAGCUACUGGAAGGGUAGAGUGCCACGUCAGGGCUGGCUCUACCUCUCAGUCAAUCACCUGUGCUUCUACUCCUUCCUGCUUGGAAAAGAGGUAACGUUGAUAGUGCAGUGGACGGAUGUGACUCAGUUAGAUAAGAACGCCACGCUGUUAUUCCCCGAGAGCGUGCGUGUGAGCACUCGGGACACAGAGCACUACUUCUCUAUGUUCCUCAACAUCAACGACACGUUUAAACUGAUGGAGCAGCUUGCUAACUUCGCCAUGAGGCAGCUCUUGGAUAAUGAGGGCUUCUCUGUAGACCACUCGCUCCCCAAACCCUGCAAGACCCUCAAAAAUGUUUCUGCACUCAAAAGGGACCUGGACGCACGGGCAAAAAACGAGCGAUACCGAGCUCUGUUCCGGCUGACGAAGGAUGAACGGCUAGACGGUCACACAGACUGCACUCUGUGGACGCCCUUCGCUAAGAUGCACGUGGUCGGACAGAUGUUUGUCUCCAACAACUACAUCUGUUUUGCCAGCAGAGAGGAGGACCUGUGUCAACUUAUCAUACCACUUCGGGAGGUGUCUAUAGUAGAGAAAGCUGACAGCAGCAGUGUUUUGCCUAGUCCUCUCUCCAUCAGCACUAAAAACAAGAUGACCUUCCUGUUUGCCAACCUCAAAGAUCGUGACUUCCUUGUUCAGCGUAUCUCAGACUUCCUGCAGCGAACGCCUGACAGGCUCUGUAGCAUGACUGGACAAUCUGAGAGUUCAAGUCCCACCACCCCUUCUUCCCUCCCUUUAAUGCCACCUUUGCUGGGGUCAAGUGAGAUCACUCAGGAUCGCUACUACAGCUCCAGCCUCCCCACGGCCAAGCAGGGUCUGCUCCACAUCUACCAGAAGGGCCGUCCUGAAGACCUGGGUCCAAAAGCGACAAAAGAGAAAAUGAAGGAAGAAUCUUGGAAUAUCCAUUUCUUUGAGUUUGGACGAGGUGUGUGCAUGUACCGCACGUCUAAGACACGAGACCUGGUCCUGAAAGGGAUUCCUGAGAGUCUGAGAGGAGAGCUGUGGCUGCUGUUUUCAGGUAGUCAGAAUGAGAUGGUGACUCACCCAGGUUACUAUGCGGAGCUGGUGGAGCAGGCCAUGGGCAAGUGUACUCUAGCUACAGAGGAGAUUGAGAGAGACUUGCAUCGCUCCAUGCCUGAGCACCAUGCCUUCCAGAAUGAGAUGGGCAUCGCUGCUCUCCGACGGGUGCUCACUGCAUACGCAUAUCGCAACCCGGGCAUUGGCUACUGCCAGGCCAUGAAUAUAGUAACAUCUGUGUUGCUGCUGUACUGUACUGAAGAGGAGGCGUUCUGGUUGCUGGUGGCUUUGUGUGAACGGAUGCUACCUGAUUAUUACAAUACCAGGGUUGUAGGAGCACUGGUGGAUCAGGGUGUGUUUGAGGAGCUGACUCGAGAGUGUUUGCCGCUGCUGUAUGAGCACAUGCAGGAGUUGGGCGUGAUCUCCACCAUCUCCCUGUCCUGGUUCCUCACACUCUUCCUGUCUGUCAUGCCAUUCGACAGUGCUGUGUUGCUGGUGGACUGCUUCUUCUACGAGGGAAUCAAAGUCAUCUUUCAAGUGUCAUUGGCUGUGCUACACGCGAACAUGGAGAAGUUGUUAAACUGCACUGAUGAGGGAGAAGCUAUGACCAUACUUGGAAGGUAUCUGGAUAAUGUCGUGAACAAACAGACGGUAUCUCCACCCAUCCCCCACCUGCAUGCCCUGUUAACCAGUGGAGACGAGCCGCCACCCGAGAUUGACAUAUUUGAUCUCAUUAAGACGUCCUACGAGAAGUUUGGAAGUCUGCGUGCUGAUGUGAUUGAGCAGAUGAGGUUCAAACAGCGGUUAAAGGUCAUCCAGUCUUUAGAGGAUACGGCUAAGAGGAGUGUGGUGAGGGCCAUCAUGACGGACUCAGCCUUCAGUAUUGAAGAGCUGGAGGAGCUGUAUGUUUUGUUCAAGGCCAAGCAUAUCAUGAGCUGCUACUGGGGGGCGAGUAGCUCUGCUGCAGAGCGUCACGACCCGAGUUUGCCCUACCUGGAGCAGUACCGGAUCGACUGUGGGCAGUUCGUUCAGCUCUUUUCAGCCCUGGCACCUUGGAGCUGUGGCAUGCACACUUCCACACUCUCCGCCCGCUUAUUUCGCCUGCUUGACCACAACAAGGACACCCUCAUCAACUUUAAAGAGUUUGUCACAGGCCUGAGUGGGAUGUAUCAUGGCGAUAUGACUGAGAAAUUGAAGCUGCUGUAUAAAUUACACCUGCCUCCAGCUUUGUGCCCAGAAGAGGCAGAGUCUGCACUUGAGGCCACUCAUUUCUUUACUGAUGAUGACACACUGCAGGAUCCUCCCUCCUUGUCUCAUCUAGACUUCCUGGUCCAGGAAGUCACCUCAGGUGAGGAGGCGAAGGAGGUGGCUGAUACAGGAGGAGAUUCUGAAGAGAAGAAAGAUGAAAAAGUAAAGGACUAUAAGUAUUACUUGAGGAUGUGGGCUAAGGAAAGGGAGCCCAAGAAAGAGACCAUCAAAGAUCUGCCCAGAAUGAACCAGGAGCAGUUUAUUGAGCUGUGCAAGACACUCUAUAAUAUGUUCAGUGAGGACCCUCUGGAGCAGGAGCUCUAUCAUGCCAUUGCUACGGUGGCCAGCUUAUUGCUGCGCAUUGGAGAAGUGGGCAAGAAGUUCACCAACAACGGCAGCAAGAAGUGUGACGCACCGGCUCAGACAGUCGUAGAGACUCCAGGAAAAGAAGACAGUUUUGGAGAGGCUGGCUGUGGACAGUCCCUGGUGUCGAAGGCCCUGGCAGAGGCCCAACUGGAGCCUCUGCCUCCUCCAGCCAACGGCUCAGACGAAGAUGUGAAGGACGACACAUCCAUUUCUUCCUACUCUGUGGUCAGCGCCGGUUCUCUGCAGUGCGAAGACAUCGCAGACGACACGGUUCUGAUCGGAUGUGGGUUGGGUGGAGCCGGAGGUGGGAGUGACAGUAGGCGUGGCAGCGCGCCGGAUGGCGAUUGGUCGAUCUCGUUUGAGCAGGUGCUCGCAUCGUUGCUGACCGAACCGGCUCUGGUAAACUACUUUGAGAAGAAGCAUGACAUCAGGAGCAAAAUGGCUGUCUGUAAGGCUCAGAGGGCUGUAGAAAGACAGAUCAGUUCGUCCAGCGACCAUGAGCUAGCUCAGCUCUCCACCUGAGGUUUAAGCUAAUGGCUGCCACUAAUAAAGGCACAUUCACGAUUAUGUAGAGAUCUGACUCUAAUUAUCACUAGUGCAUUAAUGAUCACAGUCUCAUUCUCACCACUUUUAAACCAUACAGCAAAGCCUAUACGUCUGCACUUUUGCUCAUGUGGCCUUUGUCCUUCCAGGUUGAACAGGUGAGCUCUGUUUGUCUGCUGUUUGCAUGUUGCCUGUUGGUUUUAAUCUGCGUCCAGCCUUCAGUCAGUACUGCACUCACAUUUUACGUAGACCAACAUUGAGUUUAUUUUUGUUUACCUCUGACUAGUCUAUGUAGCAUUGUACCAGUUACUCGAGUUGUAGCCUGGUAUUAUCUGCACCUGAAUUCUUCAAUUCUGAGUCUUUUUGAAGGAUCAUUAUCACCUAAAUUAGCGUGGAGAAAAAAAACCUUACCAGCACACUAUCUUGUUCUGAUCUGUAAUAUGAAUGGUAAGCUUUACUUUAUUCCUUAUUACAUAUAGUCUGAAAUCUUCAAAGGUAGUCUUGCACCAAGUGUCAUAUUCAGGAUGUAGUUUUAAAAUAAGAAGUGUCCUUUAUCAUAACAGGGUUUGCUGAAAGCCACUUAGUACAAACCCUUGGUUUUUUUUUUGUUUGUUUUUUUUUGGGGGGAAGCGUGAAGAGUUCUGUUAUGCUACACAUUUUGCUGUACAGUAUUUGUGUGUUUAUUUCCCUGCUUUCUUAUUCAAAGUAUUGCACUGCUUUACUGAAUUGGGGCUAAGGAAUGAGGGACAACAAAAUGUUUGGCUUCUCUGCCCUGUGUAAAACCUCGGUCGUUCUGUCGCGCUGAUUGAAAUCGCUUGUUAGUGGUUCAGCAGUCAGAGACGACUUAUUAUCAUUACAUGAACAGACUUCUUUUAGACAUUGCAAGAACUUUUACAUUAGGAUCCAUUUCCCAGCUUUUAUUUCAGCUAGGAAUGACUGAAUCACUGUAGUUUUGAUGUUCUUAAAACACUCACGCAAGUACAAUCAAAAAUGGCUAAAUGUUGUUAUAGUAUCUGCCUUUCAGUCAGGCUAAAGUAAUCUGUUAUCAACUUUCAGCCCCUUGUUCUCCGAUCCUUGACUAGCAUAAGUUAGUAGAGAAGACAUUUGCUUUCCAGAUAUGCAGCAUUUCUGUUAAGCACUGGCUAAUAUUUGUUUCGUUGUUUAAUAGCCGCAUAUUUUCUUGUAUAAAAUAUUUUAUUGCUAAAUCUAAAUGGAAUAAUGUUUUUACUGUCACUCUACUCUACUCUACCCCAAACCCAUAGCUUGCCCUAUAUCAUUUUAAUUGUUACCUUUGUACAAAAUAAAUAGCUUUAAAUAGACCUCACUGCAAUUUACCUGUGUUUUAUAUGCCAAAAGGUAGGCCUGAUUAACUGUAGCAAUUAUUAGUUCAGUUCUAGGAAGCUAUACUUUAUGCUAGUGUUUAAACCCCCAAAACCUCGUAUAAUGGAGGCCAUCAAAUAGGCAUUCCUGAUGUACAUUGCAGCUUACAAACAGCAGUGCCUACAUCCCAGUUUUGUUUCCAGCAUUAAGCAGAAAUGUUUUCAGUGUAUGUCAAUAUCGAAACACUCAUUCCUACAAAUUCCAACUUCUCCUAGUUUAAAUUCCUGACUCUUCAUGUCAAGUGCAAAAACAUGUCUCAUUUCCAAACUUUUUUGUGUUUUGCCAGACGUCUGGGCCUGCUUCAGUUUGAUCUAGCCGCUUGUUUAGUUAUUUAGUCCUGCUGCAUUUCCAUUCCUCAGGUACUGUUUGAGCUUUAACCGGUAGGUUGCUGAGAAGAAAUGACAGGAAUACUCACGUUUCACCAGAGCAAACGAUACUGGUCGUAUUCUGUCAAAAUAAGAUGGUAAAAAGAUUCAGAAGGUAGUGGGAGGUCAGAUGUCGUUUCGUUAUUCUGGAUCUGGGCAAAUAGGAGCCAAGAAUGAAAAAAGCACCUGCUAUAAUUUGCAGCCAAUAUACUGCAUUUAAUCAGUCUUCUAAAAUCCUGUAAUUCUACUAAGCAUGUGUAAAUGUUCAGUCCAGUCAUAUCCCUACUAUGAAACGUGUCUGUUCCGUUGCUGUGUGUGUGAACUAUACUGUAAAUGGCUUUCAACACAUUGAACGGAUGCUUCAUCAUAAUUUUCAUGCUUCACUGUGAAAGUAACCCGUAUCAUUAGCUUAAAAAAAAAAAAAAAGCUUAUUCAUGCACAUUCAUAUGAUUUGAUUACUUCCUCGUCCUGGAUUUCACAGAUAAUUUUAAUUUGCUUCAAUAUAGUAUAUAAAAUAUAUUGCUGUCACAGUGAUACCUACAGUAUUUAAUCCAUACUACUAGUUAUUUGCUCAUUUAAACUGUUUUUAAAAAUCUGUUGUCUUUGAUCAGUACUGUAUUAUACUGUGUAAUAAAUAAACAAGUUAUGUGAAGA